UUCUACCUGUGGCGAAUGGAAGGAGAAGGAGAAAGAGAAAAGAAGGUUGCUGUUGUUGUUGUAGUAGUCGUAGUACAGGAAUAUCAUAAAGUGGUGGCACGUCUGGUUGGGCAGGCCAGUCAGAGUGCCGGUUGCGUUCAGAACAGACACGCCACUGAGGAAACGAGUUUUGGAAGAAAAAAAGAUCGACAUUUUCUCUUUUUUCAAAAUUUCCCGAUUUCAGUGGAUUUUAACGGUGUGGACUUGUGGAAAAUAUCGGAACUUUGCCAGUGUAGUGAACUGGACAACUGCCACACCACAAAAAGAUUCUACGGCGACAACAACAUGAAGAGGCGCAUGCUUCAAGUGGUUUUCCUCUUGACUCUUGUUGGUUCCAUCCACAAGUCAAAUGGCUACGGCAGAGGUGCACCUGACACUACCUGCUCCUCCAUGAUGCCCAGACACGGUCCUAAUGCUCAGACAUCUCCGUCUCCCUUCACCACCACCCCACUGAAGACUAGUGUCGAACCUGGGGGGCAAAUCACUGUGAGGCUGGCAGCUAUAAAUCCUGCAGACAAUUUCAGGGGAUUCCUCAUUCAUGCCACCAAUCCUGCUUCUCCAUCCAUUGUGGCACUAGGCAGUUUUAUCAAUCCACCGCCAAACACAAAAACUCUCACCUGCUCUCCUGGACUGCAGAAUUCCCUUACUCAUGGAGAUGGCAGAGGAAAGGCCACUUUGGACAUCACCUGGCAGGCCCCAACAGAUUUCCAAGGAGAAGUCCAGUUCAGGGCCACUUUUGUCAAGGAUUACAAUACAUUUUGGACCCAAGUUCCCGCUGUAGCGUUGGUCCGUGUUGGCCGCUCUGGAGGCGUCACACCGGCCUAUCAAGCUCCGACAACUUACAGCCGCGAUCAGGCGUCUUACCCUUACGUUCCUCCUUCAACGACGACAUCGGCGACCACGACGACUCGAAUCGUCAGCACCUCUCCCAAUCCCAGCACCACCCAGUGGAGUUUCGCUAAACAGACUCCAGCGCCGAUGGCAUCUGCCCAGCUUCCAUCUGUUUACAUGGGCUGCGGUGACGUGAAGGGAUGUUUUGGCUUGGGAGGCACUUGCGUCCAGGAAGGUUCCUGCUCGGCCAUGGUCACAUACGCCGUCAAGGGCCAGCGCUACGAGUUUGAAUUGUGGGCCACCAAUACCCCACCCAACUCGUACGUGGCUGUCGCGUUCUCCAACGACAACCUAAUGGGCGACGAUAGCGUGUCUGAAUGCACUUUGGUCAACGGCAGGGUCAACGCCUACAUGUCGUACAACGAGGGCAAAAGCAACACACGACUCCGAGACCCGACUAAUGGACUGAAAUUGAUCGAGGGAAAGUACAGCGACGGUAAUUUGUACUGCCGGUUCGAGCGCCAGGCGCAAUUUGUCAUUGGCGAUAAACAUUUCGACAUGGCCAAAGAUUAUCUCCUGUUUUUGGCCCGUGGCCCGGCUUCAGACAACGGAAUUUCGUACCACGACAGACAAAAAACGGUUUCCUCUAGGACUGUCCGACUGGCCGAAACGGGUGCAGUUGGCGCCAACAGAGGUACAUUAGUGAAACUUCACGGAGCAUUUAUGGUGGCCGCGUGGAUGUUUGCCGCUUCUUGUGGAAUUUUAUUUGCCAGAUACUUUCGACUCACUUGGGUUGGCAAGCAAUUCAUGGGCAAGGAUCUCUGGUUUGUGUCCCAUCGCAUGUUGAUGGUCAUCACCUGGAUCCUGACGGUCAUCGCCUUCAUCCUCAUCUUUAUUGAACUGGGAGGUUGGACUUCCUUACCAGUGACGACCAACCCUCACGCGGUCAUCGGAGUUGUCACCACCGUGUUGGCCUUUAUUCAGCCGUUCAUGGCCUACUUCCGGCCACAUCCUGGCACUCCUAAACGGUUCAUUUUCAACUGGGCUCAUUGGCUGGUUGGCAAUUCGUCCCACAUUCUCGGCAUCGUCUGCAUCUUUUUGGCCGUCGAUUUGGACAAGGCUGCCAUUCCUUAUUGGGUCAAUUGGCUCCUCGUUUCUUAUGUGGCCGUUCACGCAGCCACUCACCUCGUUUUAUCGUUGGCCCAGUGUUGUUACCAUGCCGAUGGGAGCCGAAAACCAACUGCCGUUUUUGCUAUGCGCGAUCUGGCGCCUCACCAAAGCAACCAGAAUCAUUUUUACUCUACGCAACAGGACAAGAAAGAGGAUGCCCAUGGUUCCACGUUCCGCCGGGUUAUGCUGGCUUUUUACAUCCUUCUGGUGGCCGGUUUCGCGGCUGCUGUGAUUGCCACAAUAGUCACCGGUCCUUGGGCCAAGCAAUAAACAUCACAACAAAAAGUGGAAUUGCGAUAUGUGCGUCUGUUUUUAGGUAAUCAAUCGUUGGGUUAACAUUUCAAGGAAUUUUAUUUUGUAAACUGUCGCGCACAAAACACUGAACUGGACGCAGCCGUCUAUAUAUUUGUAUCGUAUAUUGUAAAGUAAUCUGUGAAAAACGAGUGCGAUCUCCUCUUUUUAAAUGUUUUUUGAAAAAUGGAAAGGAAACAACAAAAAAAUAACGACACAAACAACAAAAUGGAACACACACAAUUCUGUACUAUUUUAAUGAGCUACUUGUGUGUCUGUGUAUAAUUUUUAUUGAAUCUUUUAUGUCACGGGAAUUUUGGUCUUUUUAUUAUUUGGAAAUCUCUUAACUUUCACGAACUACCACUUUACUUAAGUAUUUCUGCCUUGAUUAUCUAUUCCCCCUCUUUGUUCCUCGCUAAACAUGUUCAGUGCUGUAGCUGCAUUUUUUAGAACGUGAAGGUUAAACUAAUUCUGUGACGUAAACAAGCCUUGGGAUUUUGCAACACCUGUUGAAUGUCCCAUUUUUCAUUUAAUUUGGUUUGCAAAAAUUUUCAAAGAGAAAAUGCAAAUAAAUAUACGUUGAUUGGCCACAA